GCCUAGUUAAGGUCCCGGAUUCUGUAAAGUCAUUGUUCUAGUUCAUUCGCAUGUCUGCAAAGCGCCACAGGUCAGCGAGGGGCUUCUUUGAUCCUGUCGCCAAUGGCCUUCGGCCAGACUUCAGACUGACUCGCUUCACCAAGUUGAAGGGAUGAGGGUGCAAAGUCCCUCAAGAAGAGCUGCUCAAACUUUUGGAGGGACUGAAUGCACCGAUUAUAAAUGGGGACGGUGAACACAUUGGAGUUGGCUUGGAUAGCUGUGUCAUGCCUACACGCCAUCGGGGCCUCUCUCUGAUCCAGACAACUGAUUUUUUCUAUCCAUUGGUGGAAGAUCCAUAUGUGCAGGGCCAGAUUGCUUGUGCCAACGUACUCAGUGACUUGUAUGCCAUGGGAGUCAAGGACUGUGACAAUAUGCUUAUGUUGCUAGGUGUCAGCACUGAUCUGAGUAAACCAGAGAGGGACGUGGUUGUCCCAAUGAUGAUUGCAGGAUUUCGAGAUUUGUGCGAGGAGGCUGGCACAAGUGUCAAUGGCGGUCAGAGCGUCUUAAAUCCUUGGUUUAUUAUUGGUGGAGUUGCAUCCAGUGUUUGUGCCAGAGAGGAAUUUAUUAUGCCUGACAAUGCUCAGGUAGGAGAUGUCUUGGUGCUGACAAAGCCAUUGGGAACACAGAUAGCAGUCAAUGCUCAUCAGUGGAUUGAGAAUCCUGAAACAUACCAGAAGGUUUCCCAUGUGAUCUCAAAAGAAGAUGUCGUCAAGGCAUAUAGUAUCGCCAGUGACAGUAUGGCACGUUUGAACCGAACAGCAGCAGACAUGAUGCAUAAACAUGGAGCUCAUGGUGCUACAGAUGUGACUGGGUUUGGAUUGCUCGGACACGCCACAAACCUCGCUAAAAUGCAAAAAGCAGCAGUUGAUUUUGUCAUCCAUUCACUACCAAUCAUUAUUGGUAUGUCCGAAACAGCCAAAGUGGCUGCUGAGAGAAUAUUUGACUUCAAACUACACAGUGGAUCGUCAGCCGAAACUUCCGGUGGACUCUUUGUUAUAAUGCCAAAGGAGAAUGCCGAAGCAUUCUGUAAGGACAUGGAGGCAGCAGAUGGUUGGCCAGCUUGGAUUAUUGGAGAUGUUGUGAAAGGAAGUCGCACAGCAAGGAUAAGUGAGCCAUAUUCGGUAAUAGAAGCAGACAUCAAGUAGUUUAAAUAAUGGGACCGAGAAGCUAGCGGGUAGAGAACUACAAGUGAGGACCGGAUGUGGAGCAGCUCAUCUGGUUCUAUCAAAUUGUAGACUAAUGCCAAUAACAGGUCUGGAUAAUGAUACCAAGUCUAGAAAGUCUUGUAAGACAUGGACUUGGUUGAUGGCAACCAGGCAGUUUUGGUCUAACGAACAUUUACACAAUUCAAUAAUAAAUUGGAUUCUCACGUGA